AUGGAGUGUAGAUAUCCUCCUCCAAAUGAAGACGAGGACAGCCCUAUGGCAUCAUCUAGUGCCCAGGACGAAACAGAGUGUGGCACUGUGACCCCAUCAAGGGAUUUCACACAAGCAACACGCUUGCUUGAGACGAGAUUAUUCCACCAGUAUAUGACUUCAACGUACCAUACGCUGUCGCAGGAUGGACUGUCAGGACACCAUCUCUCCAUGACCAUUCCACGCAUGGCCGCAUCUUGCCCUUACCUGCUUGACAGCAUCCACGCAUUCUCAGCCUUACACUUGGCCUCGGUUGAAACUGAUAAUCGAGCUUCAUGGCUGAAUCAUGCCGUGCGAUAUCAGAGCCAGGCAUGCGCUGGACUAAGUAAGGUUCUUCCAGAAAUCUCACCACCAGAUUAUGAACCAGCAUUUGUCUCCUCCAUCAUCAUAAUGCUAUUCGCCAUGGGAUCUCGAGUACUGUCUCUUGAAAAUCGAACACUAGACCCGCUUUUGGUUGUUCUCGAGGCUCGUACAUUGAUGUCCGGCCCCGCCAUGCUUUUUUCCCGGAUACUUGAAGGAGGGGUUGACGCACAGCUGGAUGGAUGGCUGUGCACUCCUGACACACCAGAAAGCCUCGAAACUGGGAAACAUGAUCAUGGCGGCAACCCGGUCGAGAACACAGAUGUAUUAUUCAGCCUGCACAAAGAUAUAAUGAUGUCGUUAGUUCGACUUCGUGCGAUGAUUGACACAAGGGAAGGAUCGGAUCAACCGAUCUACUAUGCCACAUGGCAGCAGUUGCAUCGGGCCAUCGAGCCGUGGCCAAAAAUUGGACCGCAUGGUGGCCCCCUUGCAUGGCCCUUAUUCCUCUCCGACAAAUUUUCCUCGCUGCUCCAACAUGGCGAUUGGAUUGCCCGAGUUCUGUUUCUGCAUUAUGGAAUAGCUAUGCGUCUCCUGCGCCAUCGAUGGUACGUGCGCGACUGGGGUCGUCGGCUAGUAUUGGCCACACUGGAAACACUGGACAAAAUCCCUCAGGAGUGGGAGGAGACCAUGUCGUGGAUAAGACGAGCCGCUGCAAGGGAGGAUUAG